AUGGACGACUCUUUUGGCCCGCGCCUGUUGGGCCACUUUGACUUUACGCUGCUCUUUGAAGAUACAAUGUUUCACAUGGCGCCAUCUGCCGUUUUGAUCUUUACCCUGCCAUAUUACAUUCACAAAAUUGUUACUUGCCGGCCCCUGGUACGGUCAGGCUGGCUUCUGGGGGCAAAGGUCGCCGUAGCCGUGGCCGCCGUUGCGGUCCAGCUCGCGAUUGUGGUGUACUGGUACCAGUCCCCCUUGAAUUCUAAGCUGGCGCAAGCAGCUUCGAUCCUUACCCUCCUCAGCUCCGUCGGCGUUGUGGCCAUGGCUUACGCCUCGCACGUCUAUUUUCUUCAGCCUAUCUUGUUCCUUUCUGCCUUUCUGAGCAUCACGCUUGUAUUCGAUCUCAUCACCAUUUACACCUACCUUCACAGAACGGGCCUGGACACCCUUGCGCGUCUGACAUGUGUCCUGCCAGCGCUUGGCAGCGAGAUCACGGCGGGCUUCUGGAGUAGAUCUACAUUCUUGUGGAUCAACCCGCUCUUGCUCUUCGGCUUUCGUCACAUUAUUGACAACGACACCCUCCCGGACAUCGGCCACCAAUUUGGCUCCAAUAUGCUCUACCGCAAUUUUAAACUAUGCUGGGAUAAACAAGACCAUAAAGCUAAGCGCGCACUAUUCAAAGCCCUAAUUUUUGCCGCGCCCUGGCCGUUCUUCUAUGCCAUCUUACCACGCCUGUUCCUGGUAGGGUUCAACUUCAGCCAGCCUUUUCUUUUACAAGAUGUCGUCAAUGUGGUUGCCGAUCAGCCUACGCAGCCAGAUAAAGGAUCUAGGAAUGAUGAGGUGAUUGGACUCAUCUUGGCCACUGCGCUUGUGUUCAGUGGCAAAGCGGUGUCUAGAAACUGGUUCAGCCAAAUCAGAACCCAAAUUAUGGUUUCCAUAAGAGGCACUCUCGUGUCCGCCAUAUACCAAAAGUCCCUCCGUAUCAGCGCCGCGGAGUCAGAAGAGUCGGCUGCAGUGACGCUGAUGAGCACUGACGUCGAAGGCGUCGGCAGCCUCGUAUCAUUGUGCUAUGAUACUUGUGCAGUGGUUCUCGAGGUCGGCUUCGGCAUCGGAGUCCUUACAAUCUUCGUUGGCGCGGCGAGCAUCUUUACUGGUGUUACUGCCUUGAUCGUAACGGUGGGCUCGAGGCAGCUGGCUAAACGAAUGGGCGCUAACCGAAAAAUAUGGAAUGAGCACAUCGCUGACCGCGUUGCCGCUACUUCAAAUAUGCUGGCGCAGAUAAAGGACAUCAAAAUGACUGGCUUGGCGCUGUCGAUGGCAACGCAUCUACAUCAUCUACGCGCUAAGGAAGUAGCAGUUUCUCUGAAUGUCAGACGAAUCAAUUGCAUUACUUUUGGUAUUUCCGCAUUUGCCGAAACAAUAACACCAGCGCUUGUUGUCGCUGCCACUCUGUUCUGGACCAGAGAAGCCCAAACAAUGUCAUCGGCGCGCUUUUAUACUAUUCUUGCUGUCGUAAGUAUGGUGUCUCAGCCUCUCGCUGCUUUCUUCGCAAACCUUCCCAAUUGGGCUACUGGCUUUGCCUGCCUCGAUCGCAUCCAGACAUACCUUGCUCAAGACGAGGCAAGAGACCCCCGUCGAGUUACCGAUUAUUCUGCCUCUGUCCCAACCGACGCAACAGGUCUACGGAGAAGGGGUACCAGGGCCACUGCGGUCUCAUAUACAGUACAGCUACGAGCCAUCAAUGUCGCUCUGGGCGCUUCUGACUCAGUUUUGAGUGACGCGACUAUAUCUAUAAAGGCUGGCGAGGUCACUAUGAUCCACGGCUCUGUUGGCUGUGGCAAAUCCACACUCCUUAAGGCAAUGCUCGGUGAGAUGGCUUUUAAGAGUGGCACUGCCGUGAUUUCCUCGCCGUCAAUCGCAUUUGCAGGUCAGCGGCCUUGGCUGAUAAACACGACCAUCCGUCUCAACAUUAUCGGUCGCAAGUCCUACAAUCGUACGCUAUAUCAAAGGAUUAUCUUUGUUUGUGACCUGGCUUCGGAUCUGGAGCGGCUACCCAACGGUGACCAAACCUUGGCUGGAAGUGAGGGCUGCAACCUCAGCGGCGGACAGAAGCAAAGGAUUGCUCUUGCACGUGCUUUCUACAUGGAAGCAGAGACUACUAUACUCGAUGACCCUUUUAGCUCUCUCGACCAGCAGACGGCAGUCUUAAUUCGCAUUAGACUUUUUACAGAUGGUUUCGCGACCGAACGAGGCAAAACACUAGUCAUGACGACUAGCACGAAGCAGCAUCUAGUCGAUGCUGACAACGUGUUUCGUGUCACCGAUGAGGGCCACGUGCAAUAUAUAUCGCCUGCUCAAAUAGAUGUUGAGCUCGAAGACUUAGUGCAGGCGUCUCGGUCACAAGCACGGCCACUGAUAGAUCGCGGUGAAUCCGCGGCAGAAUCGUUUAAGCCGCUACCUCUUGUUCAGUCCAGCACAGAUGAAGAUUCCCACGACAUGAACAAGGCCAAGGUCCAUAAUAGUUUCUCGCUCUAUGCAUACUAUUUUCGACCCGCUGGCAUUUUCGUAGUAGCUGUCUGGCUUGCACUGACGAUUUUUGCCUCCAUCUCCGAAAGGCUCCCCAACAUUUUCGCCCGCAUCUGGCUUGAUGCUUAUGCCGGAGAUCAUAGAUACUAUGCUGGUUACGCAGUAUUUUGUGUUCUUUACCCGAUCAUGAACUCCCUCUCUGCAAUGUUCUUCUUUUACUUCAUCAUUGAGAAAGUUGCAAAUAAACUUCAUGAAAAUUUAGUCAAUGCCACUUUCAGGGCGACUUUUGAAUUCUUGAGCAAUGAAGACGCUAGCUCCAUUCUGAAUCGGUUCAGCCAAGACACGUCGAUGGUCACAAUGGUGAUUCCCGGUCGGGUGCUGCCAACCGUGUUCCGCGCCGUUUCAAUUUUUGUUGACAUUGGCAUCAUCAGCGCCGGUGCGACCUACGCGGCCCCAGUAAUUCCAUUGUUCCUGCUUCAUAUUUUGGCCGUGCAGCAAUACUACCUACGCACCUCACGCCAGCUACGCCUGUUGGAGCAUGACACUGCAAAGGCCCUAGUUCGGCAAUUCACUGAGACGGCUGCUGGCAUCGAACAUAUUCGUGCCUUUCGCUGGCAAGAAGAGGUAAUCCAGGACUUCUAUUCCACCCUCGAUCUCACGCAGCGGCCGCUUUACUUUUUGUACAGUAUUCAACAAUGGCUAGAAGGUGUUUUGGACUUUUCGAGCGCUGUUGCUGCUGUACUUGUUGUCGCAUUUGCACUCAAGUUCCCCAGCUCUGCAUCGGCCAACUCGAUGGGCCUGGCGCUGCUCAGUCUUAUUGGAUUCAGCGACACAAUAUCAGACUGGGUCCAGUCGUCUGUGGCCAUGGAAACUGCCUUUGGUGCAGUGUCUCGUAUAAAAUCGUACUGCUCCGAAACACCUGUUGAGAAAUAUCAAGACAGCGAAGGUCCAAUUCCGUCCGAUUGGCCCUCACGCGGCCAAAUUGAGCUGAAGAAUGUAUCUGCUCGCUAUCGGUCGGCUGCGUCGUCGGAAGGGUCCCAGAUUAAGGACGCAACUGUUGUUGUACGCCCCGGCGAAACGCUCGGAAUAGUAGGCCGAACUGGAGGUGGCAAAACAACUGUGUUGUUGAGUGUCCUGAAUCUGUUGGAAUACAAAGGCGAAAUUAACAUUGACGAUCGGGAGAUUCGUACAAUUCCUCCUGAUAUAUUACGGUCGCGGAUCACUACAGUGACACAAGGAGGUAUUUAUCUGCGAGGCACCGUCAAGUUUAACCUCGACCCGUUCGGCCCUGCGCUGCGCCCAUCGGGCUGCACUCUGACAGAGGAAAUGCGGGAGGAUGCGCUCCGCCGCGUCGGUCUGUGGCAGAUUAUCAAAGACCGUGGAGGCUUGACCGAGUCAAUGAAGGACAUGGGCUUCUCGCUUGGCCAGAGACAGCUCUUCCAACUGGCCCGCGCGAUACUGCACCAUGAAGUGACAAGAUCUAAAGUUGUCCUGAUGGACGAGGUGACGGCAGGUCUGGAUGAAGGAACAGAAGAGAGAAUAGCGGUAAUUCUCGACGAUGCUUUUAGAGGAUGCGCCAGGGUCGUCAUUUCUCAUCGAAUGCCGACUUUGGACAGCGCAGAUGCCAUCAUGGUAAUGCACCAGGGUCAAGCGCGGGUUGAACACAGGCCUGGCGACACGAAUUGGGCUCAGUAUUUUGAGCAAAAGUAG